AUGCUCCACGCAAACCAUAGUGGAGGCGGAGACCGACAACUACAUCUGAAUUGGCCAUCAAUGAGCGGGGUGAAGGCGGGGCCUCCUGUGUCACUCACCUCCAUCAUCACCCUCAUCGUUGCACAUUCACUUGGUAAUCGUAGUGUUGGGGAUCAAGACGGCUCAAGUACCAUCACCUUCGUUUUCAGUAUCGACAAAUCCGCAUCCACUGACACGUCAACAUUUGCACCAUCGAAGUUGGCGGAAGACAUCUUGAUAGGCGGCCAAGUGAGCCCUUUUGACAUUCUCCCACCACUGUUGCCCACCUCUCUUCUCAAGUGGUUGAUGCACUUCACCCCACCACUGCACUGUCAACACCUCAUGGCACCACAACCACCUCCUCGUCUACGCUCCUUUCUGUGUUCGUAUUCCUGCUCGUCUUCUGCUAGUAGGUGGAUGAAGAAGCCACCACCUUGUGCCCUUCUGUCGCAUCACCGGUGA